AUGAUCAGGCGUCGAGCUCCCAUAGCUUGCCGAAGUGUCUACCCAGUCCGUGGCCAGCCAGACAAUGAUCGCGAAUAUCGUCACCCGCGAAUCCGGGCCUCAAAACCCAAGCCUUCAGAGAGACGACGGUCUGGUGUCAAAGCCAGCGCCAAACAAGCCUCGCAAAACCUUGUCACAAACGCAGAAUUGGCUGAAUACUGGGACUUGCCCCCAGUAGAGGAAUUGGUUGAGGCCGUGAGCCGCUUCUGUAGCCACUCGAUUCAGCUCAGCUUCAUAUCCAAGGACGAGUUCUGCAGCAGGUUGCGCGACGACCCCGAGUCCGUUAGCUCGUUCCUCCUUGCUUGCAUUCUCGCCAUCUCCGCCAGAGUAAGCCCUUUGGCAGUCGAGCGCUACAAGAGCGGUUCAAAGGCCUCCCUUUACUGCUUGGAACGCGCGUCGGCGAUGUCGCUUGAUCAGAUCCACCAGGAACCUACAUUGGAGAGAUGCCAGGCGUUCUGCCUGCUGAGCAUAGCACAGGACUGCCAAGGGUUCCACAAGGAGAGUUACAUUAACCUUGGUAUUGCUAUCCGAAUGGCCUCCUGGCUACAGCUUCAUAAAGAGGAGAUGUUCGAGUUGGAUGACGAUUCUCCUAUUACGAUUCGAAGAGCUGAAUCGGCUAGAAGAACAUUGUGGAUGCUAUUUUGUCAUGAGAAUCUCGUUUCCCGAAGCACAUCUGUCAUGUUUCUGUCACCCCCUGACAUCACGACGUAUCUCCCAUGUAGCGAGCCCGACUUUAAUCAAGGCCAGGAACCUCGGUCUCGUGCCACUCUCGCCGACACGCCUCCCGCCAUUGAGCACCCAGCAUCAGCUGAAGAUCGGGGACGGUCAUUGUUCGCAUCUUUGAUUCAGAUUCACCACAUAUGGGGCAUAGCGAGACGCACGGUGUCCAACCGGCAUUCGAGGCCGGAUGAUACCGACAGUGAUCUGGAGGAAUUGAAGAAAAGGCUAAAACACUGGGAAGAGUCAUUGCCGAAAUACCACAACUGGAGUUUACCAAUGCUAAGGAAACACCGAGCGAAUGGGCACGAGCUGGCUUAUCUCAAAGUUGCCAUGAUGCUGCGUCUUUGCAACAUUAUCAUAAGGCAACCACGCGUUGAAAGUGUGUUGGUCGACGUCACGAAAUCCCAGCAGGAGCCGUAUAUGGAGACGACCCUUGAGCUCUACAACGAUGUCUGCACGCUAUAUAACCAGAUCGAUAGUUUGUUCUCAGGAAAGUUGACGAACGAGGGCGGAGAGGACCAGAUAUUCGCUCUCUGUGUUUAUCACUGUGGGCUGUUCGCAGCAUACCUCUGUAAAUAUCCCUCAGUUUGCCAAGACAGUGCCAUCGUUGCGAAGGGGCCCAAGAUGCUCAACAAAAUAUAUACCAUCAUAGAUGAGAAGAUGGAUAUAUGGCCACAGGCCGCAGGCUGGAGAAUCGAGCUCACAAACAUCCAGCCCUGCCUUACCGGCCCCGGAGACGAGAAGGCUCAGGCAUAUGAAGAAAUGCAGCCAUCGGUUCCACACAUCCUGGCUGUCAGUGAGGCAGCGGUUAAUCAAACCAGAUCGGCCCCGGCCGUCCAGUUCGACAGAUCGGUGGCCAACCACUCCCCACAAGCGCCGAUAUCCCAGGUCUCAACCGCACCUAUCGGCGAGAUGGCACCCUCGAGGCACUUCGCGGGCCACAGCAGCAACCCCGUCGCCGCGCAACCCCCGCCGAGGAAUCCGCACGAGGAGAGCCCAACACCGCUGCCGCCACUGCCGCCUUACCAGACUAUGCAGACGAGUGGUCCUCCAACCCUCCCGCCCAACGGCUUCCACCACUCUCUCACGCUUCUGAGUCAGGGCCCACGCCAGGCGAUGAGCAACGCUUCCUUCUACUUCGAAAAUCAAGCCGACGGCCCUCGGGUCCUCGAACACACCUACUCCCAUCACCCUGUCCCGUCGACAGGCCCAGGGUAUGAUGUAGGCUUUGGCGAGACCCAGACCGCUAUGCCCGGACCCCAGGGAGAUGCUCUGUACUCCCGCCACCAAGAAGUUGCAGUGUCGAGAACCAGUAGUUUUGAGAGCGACGGUGGCGUUCAGCUCGUGCGUUCUCAAGAAUGGAUGCCUCAGCCGCCGUGCGGGCCUUGGAUGGAUGGGUACGUUGGGACUUGA